ACGCCAGCAACCAGCGGGUCUCUGACGCACGGGCCAUCCAUCGACGAUGACCGACUACAUCCGCCGCCUCGUCUCGGGAGACAAGGCCCGCUUCCAUGACAAUGAGCUCAAUCUCGAGCUAGACCUAGCCUACAUCACCGACCGUGUCAUUGUCAUGGGAUAUCCCGCGACUGGUCUUGAAGGGCUCUACCGGAACCGCCGCGAUGACGUUGCGCGCUUCCUCGCACACCGCCACGGCACUAACUUCUGGGUCUUCAAUUUCUGCCCUGUGCGCGAAAAUGCGUAUGACGCGGAUGUGUUUGGUGGACGCGUCAGUCGGUAUCCGUUUCCAGACCACCAUGCUCCACCCCUCGCGAUGCUCACCCUCGUUGUGCGUGAGAUGAAAUCAUGGCUCGACGGUGCGCCCGAGCGCGUCGCCGUGCUCCACUGCAAAGCUGGCAAAGGUCGCUCGGGCACCCUCGCCUGCGCAUACCUCCUCGCGCUCGACGAUGAUAGCCUUGUGCCUCCCCGUCUCCCACGAAACUAUAGCGCGCACGACCGGCGGCGUGUGCUCUCCAUGUCCGAUGCGGCACAACUACAGCCGGCCGCACUGAAACCUUCGCCCUCGCAUGCGCCAGUACUUCCGGACCUCUCAUUUUCUGCCCCGCUUGUGAUCGAUGCAAAUUAUGCUCGAAAAGAGUGGUCGCAGGGCGACUCUAAGCAGCUGCAUCCUCCAAAUGAUCCCCAAGGAGAUACGUCCGAGCACAAGCGCACGUGGGCUAAGGACCGUGCGGACGAGGUCAUGGCUGCUAUUCCCUCUGACAACGAUCACGCGAGCACACAGAAAGGCGCGGAGAUGGCCAUACCGGAUACGGCGCCGGAUACAGAGGAAGAAGCGGACGUGAAAUUGAAUGGGGCUGCUAUGACCGUCGGGCAAGGGAAGACACAUCGAUCACACAGGUCAACCCUCACGUCCGUGCUUGAGCUGCAUACGUCCCGGCGCAUGCGCGCGCCUUCCCUUUCGUCUUCGUCUUCGUCUAGCUCAUCGUCCUCUUCGUCUUCGUCGUCUUCAUCGUCGUCCUCAUCGUCGUCUUCAGCGACAGAUAAACGCAAGCAUAAACAGAAAUUGGGCGUCUCAAUUCCGUCGCAGCGCCGUUGGCUCCAUUUUUGGAGUCUUCUCCUCGCGGGCGAGGGCCCCACGGGAUUCUGGCCGCCUUUGCCGACCUCCGUAUACUCACUGACGCUUUCUUCUUCGCCCUCCGCGCACGCGGAAAAGCAGCUAGAGAUGCCGCCGGCCCACCCGCGCGUACGUUUGCUCUCAGUCACUGUUCGCAUGCGCCCAACUAGCGGAGUCACGCUUGGCGUCGUCAAGGCCGCGAGCCAUGUCCUCGAGCGGUUUGGUGGGAAAGGCGGCGCUCGUUCACAGGUGGGUGACAAGCGCGAGGGCGACGACGCGGCGGGGAACGGCGCGGCGUUGUGGGCUAGCCUGGCCAGGUACGACGACGCGCUGGUGGAUACGCUCGAGCGCUGGGAGCGCUGGAGCAGGGAUGGGGCGUCUGCAGGUGGGAUGGGGAAGUUGAGGGCGGGUGGGGACGUUAUGCACGGCGAGGCUGAGGGCACACAUGGGGAGGAACGCUUACACAAUCUGUUCGUGGGCGACAAGUGGGAUGGGAAGAAGAUGGUGCGCAGCUUUGCGCGGAUGAGGGCUGGCUCUGGCGCGGAGAAGGUGCGCGAGGGCAAGGGAAAGGGAAAGAAGCUCAUCGUGCAGACAAUGCGCGUACAUGGAAGCAUGAGCGGUGUUAAUGUUGGUGGCGAAGGCGAGGAAGAGGAGGGCGUUGUGCUGGACGCGUUCAGGGAGGUUCGAAUAAAGUUGUACAUGGGUCAGGUGUUUCUGUGCUGGCUCUGGAUCAUCCCUGCGUUCCUUCUCCCACCGCAGCUGCUCUCCCUUUCUCCUCCCAAUCCAUCUUCCGACUCGAUCAAGCCCGACUCGAGCAACACUUCCACCUCCCCCAUCACGUCCGCCUCUCCCUCCACCUCCCCAGACUCACCCUUGAUGGAUGAUGCAGACCACUUCACGCUCCACCUCGCCAAGUCCGACCUCGACUUUCCGAUCAGGCUCGGUGCGUCGCUCGUGUCCGUCGACCUUGCGUUCGCGCGCGUCGCGCAGGCGUCUGCCGUGCAGCCGCCCACACGGACCAGGGGCGGCGAGGGUGCCGCCGGAGAGGGUGUGGAGGUGGGUGGUGGCAUCAUCGGUGGGGCCGUCGGUGCGAUGGAGGGCGCGGGUGGAAUCAGGGAGGGCGUGGAGGCUGUACAGGCGUUGGGAAACUGAUGCAGGCGGGAAAGAUCGCGUCGAGGUGAACUGCAAGGGAUUGCGGUGGAAGGAUAUAAUCUCGAGCCAUUAUUGCGGGCACUUGCUGGAAUCUAGCACUAACAUUUUGAAGCAUUGUAACGGUAUCGAACGAUCUUCAUGAUGAUAAUGAGCACUAAAAAUCAAAGAGG